UGCUACUUUCUACUAUUCCGUAGCAUGUUGUUGUUGUUGUUGUUGUUAUAGCUGAAUACAAUUGUUUCCCUCUCUUUAAAAAAAAUCAAGAUUGGGUCACACAGGGCUAAAUAGCACAUUAUUCAUAAUGAAAAAACAGACAUCAGGAUAAUGUGAAUAUUGUGGCAAUGACGAAACAGUUGACCACAUGUUGUUGUUGUUGCUAUGUCCAAGAUACCAAGACCGUUUAUCACUAAAGAAAGCAAAGCACUGAACAAAAAACAUACAGAAUUAAAUAUAAUAGAGAUUUUGCAAAGGAGUUCAGGGGAUGUAACAUGCAGGGGCCAGGCAGUGUUAAGGUUUUUAAAAAGAACAGGAAUUAUAUUAAGGAUUUAGGAUUAUACCGGUUAUACCGUGCUGAUCCACACUCCAUUCCAAAAGGUGGCGGUAAAUGCAACUUAAAGCUGUUUUUAAACAACAGAAGAAGGAGUAAAACAAACUCAAACCAGUGCACUAAGUUAACUAACAACAAAAAAACAUUUAAUGUAUCAUUUGACUUUAAAUACACAUUCCCUACAGUAUUGCUAUUUGCUGCUACUUUCUCCUAUAUUUCAGAUGGAAAUGUUGUUUAUUUUUGCCCUAAUUUAUCUAGCUGAUCAAGAUUUAUUGAAAAUACAAAAGAUAUGAUCAGAUGUGUACAUUAAACUAAACCACAGUAAUCCAUGCAAAGUAGGCCUAGAUUAAUGAAAUUAGUUUUCAUAGGCUAAACUAUAGGCUACACAUUACAGUGUACAAACAGCGUCCAUUUUUUUCUGCAUUGAGUAGCCUAUUUUGAUUUCAAAAUCACACUUUUUGAAUUAUAUCACUUCCCUUUAUUCAACAACCAACAUUUCAAGGCACGACUCCUACUUUGUAGGUAAUACUCUAACAGUAUACAUUGAUACUGUCACUAAAAACAGGAAUACAUUCCCCAGUUUUUUCUUGUCUCUGGGAACAGGGACAUUUAUUUUGUCUUCUCUUUUACUUUCAAGUUGAAAUGCCACUGCGGUUAACCAGUUCCUUACACAUGGCAGGUUAGAGGACAUUAGCCUUUUAACUGAAAGUGAGAAGUGGUUGCUGAUGGUGUGCCAGGGGGUACUAUUGCAAAGUGUGUUUUUUGUAAAUCUAAUAUUAUGCCAGCUUGCUUCAUACUUCCUUAAUUUGACUGCAUGACAUAAUUGCUUUGCUUGUAUCUAAUUUUACACAAAAAAAUGUAACCGCAGCAAAUGUUCAACUGUGUGCAUGGUGAUUGUUUGGUAAAUGUCAAAUGUUCUUGUACUUACACAUCUUUUUUUUAAUCUUUUUCUACAAAACAGAAAGUAUUAGGUCAAGAUUAUAAAAUACAUAAAAUAUGUAAAUGUAAAUAAAACCACAGACACACACUAGACACACACACCCAAACACAUACAAUGUGGGAGGAAAAGGGAUUUGACAUUAGCUUCCGUCAUUUUAAGUUGUGGAUUACAGCGGUUGAUGCUGUCUUUCCUCUUAAUUCGUGUUAAUAGUAAUAGAAUAAUAGUAUAUUAACAUUCACAUCACAAAUGAGUGUUAAUCUAGUUAAGGAAAUGUUCUUUUUCUAGAAAAUCUGCUAUAUUGAAUUGCUUGCUUUGAAAGAGUUAACUACGUGCUUAAUGGAGCAUACGUUUAGCACACUUUGCAUUUGCAAUUUGAGUGAACCUGCUGAGGGUUUUCUUUCAGCAGUAACCAACUUCCUCUUUUCUUUUGGUGAUGUCGGUGACACUCAACGGCCGUUUUUCUCUCUCUUUGUUACUUUCUGUUGCUGUGAUUUGAUCAUUUCACAUUGUUGGUACAGUUAUUAGCUUGUUUACCAUCUCUGAGUAACGCGUAGAUGGGUCAGUGGAAAUCUUUUUAAGUAAUGACAUCUUUAAACUAUUUUUUACUGCAAGGAUUCUGUGGAGGUACUGAGCAUACAGGAUGUAGUUAACAACAUGCAUGGAUGGAUGCGGAAAAUCUUUAAAUCAAGAGUAACUUCAUCAGCACAACAUGAACAAGAGGCACAUGUGCCAAAAAAGUCAGUGUGUUCUGUCAGCCGUGAAUCCCCUUCAUCUAUAUCCCCAUGCUGUUCUCUGUCAUCAUCAUCAUCACUGGGGACAGCCCCUUCAAAACCUCAGCUCCCACAUUCUGCUCCGAGUUCACGACGAUGGAGUCGAAAGUAUGACGUGUUGGUGUGCAACAGCUCUUUGCAAAGUGACGUUGAGGAGGCUUUCCGCCUGGUCUCUUUCCUGGAGGCUUCUCCCCGCAGUCUAAGGUGCUUUCUUAUGCAGAGAGACGCCUGUCCAGGAGGUGCAAUUGCCACAGAGUUUUGCCAGGCGGUGCAGAACAGCCACUUAAGGGCUCUUCUUAUCACUCCAGACUUCUUGCAGGAUGGAUGGUGCAAAUAUAUCAUGCAUCAGGCUCUAGCUGAGGGGCCUAUGUCUAAUCGGAUCAUCCCCCUGCUUCAGAACCUGUCCCGCUCUCAGUGUCCUCCGGAAGUGAGGUUCUACUACCAAAUUGACCUGAGCAGUAACCCUGAACGAGGUUAUACCGUCGUCAACAAGACUGUGCUCAAUUACCUGGAAAACCUGGAUAAAAAUCAGAAGACACUGGAUUACAGCAUGGACAGCUCUAGCAAUGGUGCAAUAAGCAGCCCCAAAGAAAGAGAAGCUGAUACUCAAGUAUACGAUCCUGCUGGGAUGCCAACUGAGAGUGAUAUAGAAGAAAGAUGAUUGCUAAAAAGACGAUUUAUUAAGUUAUAAAUAAUGGUCACCUAACUAAGAUACAUUGCUCUCAAAGGAGAACACUACUGUCAACCUCAGUGACCCUAAGAGCACAUCAUUUUGGGACUCAUUCUUUUGCUCGUAUUUUGUGUGAUGCGGAUUUGUAUCCAAUGAACAGGAAACUGUCGGUUCCAAGCAGCACUGGGGCCUAUUUCCUGUUUCAGAUCUAGAGAACUUCUCCCUGGCUUAAAAUCUGUGCAAUAAAUGUGGUUGAUGAGACACAUACCGUGGGCAUUUGAGUUCACAGUCUCAGCUUGUUACACAUAAUCAAAUUUGGUUACAGCCCAUACAACGAAAUAGGGCACUAAAGCACCAUAAAUGCACGAGAUGUUCCUUUUAACAGAGACAAAUAUGACAGACUAAAGUUACAGUGUUCAAAAAGAUUGUACAUAUAGUGGCUACCACUAGAUGGUGUAUUUUCCUUCUUCCACCCAACCGAGAGUGCAAGUCAGGGUAUGCCAGUCAUGAAGGUGUGAUCUUUCUGAUAUACAUUUCAAGCCUUUUCUUUAAUCCACAAUGAGAAAUAUUAUGUUGCAUGUGUUUGGUUGUAAGAGUGAGAGGGAAAGAACCAGCCACAACAACAUGCCUGUGGCUUGACCUUUUCAUUGAACUGGGACUUUUCGAAAUACCAGAGGAAGUGUCACGCCUUUUAAGAAAAGAAUAAACCUCAUUGUCUAUGAACACAGUAA